CAUUUUGAUGUAACACACACUACAGUGAAGCAACUGGAGGAUUUUAGGGUGGCCAAGUUAGCCAGAAUCAUGGAGAAAUAUGCACCAGUUACAUGGAACUUACUCGAGAGCAUGCUGUCUGGGGGAACACAAUCUAAAGUAACCAUCGGGAGAGAUCAUGACAGUGAUGUCAUCAUGGAAAAUAGCAACAGUGAUGAAGAGGCUUACUGGGAGGAUGGGGAAGGGGAUCUCGAGGGAUCGCAGCAAAGACCUUGCUCAUGUGUUAUUUCACUGCCUUUCAAAUCAAUAUUACUGACAUCGCUACAUGUAAUCAAGAAAAAAAUCACCAUUCUGAGCAUCAUGAUGAGAAGCACAAAUCAGCGUUCAAAUACCUUGCAAAGUGUACUUGGGAUGUUCCUACAAUUGAUGCACACAUUACAAAAAGUUAUCGAAACACUGGAACAGAUCAGUAUAUUGGUGUCUGUGAAUGCUAUUCAUGCUGCAACACAAUCAUUAGCAGCACAAACCCACCAACACCUCCGGUCACUCAGAUGGCCACUUCUUGUGACAUAUGCCUAUGACAACUUUGAUGUAGACCUAAAAACCCAUGAGCACAAGAUUGAAAAUUCAACAGAAUCUCUCAAGCAUCUAACAUCAGGUCUGAUGUUCCUACUACAGCACAACAUAUCCAAGGAAGACCUUAGGUGUUCUGAAGAGUUGUGGAAGAUGUCACCGUUUAAUACCUGA